UCAGGAUGCAUCAAGUGUUGAAUGAUUUCAGUUUGAUGUUCAUGGUGUUGGAGCCUUCAAGCUAGAUUAACAUCACCAAAGGAGAGUGAAGAAGAGAGAGCCUCGUUAGUUCGACAAGUCACUUCAAGUUGAGUAAAUGUGAAAAGAGCACGAUGAAGUGGGGACAUAUUGGGUGUUUGGUGAUGUUGAUCAGGAUGGCUGAUCCAUGUGGUGAUGUGCCUACGGGAGAUUAUGAUCUCGCCGUGUCUUCCACAAGGCCAAGAGUCAGGCGAGAAGCCCAAGAAAGACCACUUUGUUAUCCAGGAGCGCAACAACCCACUUCCAGGGUCGACACUACCAAGCAGUUGAAAGCAUUGCGAUCAGCCAUGGUUGACCUUGGAAUUCAAGCCUUCGUUGUGCCCAGUGGCGAUGCUCAUCAAUCUGAAUACAUAGCGGAGGCAGACAAGCGGCUGAAAUUUAUCUCGGGAUUCAGCGGAUCGUCAGGCAUGGCUGCCAUCACUUUUAACAAAUCUGCUCUUUGGACGGAUGGCAGGUAUUUCGUUCAAGCCCGACACGAACUGGAUUGUCAGUGGCUCUCCAUGAAAGGAGAUGAAGGAGGCGAUAAAGGGAUUCUGGAAUGGUUGGACGAGCAACUUCCCUCUGGCUCAAAAGUAGGAGCAGAUUCUUCAUUAACGGGAGCAUGGACUUGGUUGACUUGGAAAGCAGAAUUGGAACACUUUCAGUUGGAAUUGGUACCAACCCUAAACAAUCCGUUGGACAAGAUCUGGACCGAUCAACCAGAGAGGAACCAAGAUCCUUUGAUGGUAUUGGAUAGUCGUUUUACAGGACAAACAUGGGCCGACAAGUUGCAGAUGAUAAGAGAUGAUUUGCGUAUCGAGGGCCACGAUGCCUUCAUUGUAACUGCUCUGGAUGAAAUCGCUUGGUUGUUCAAUCUCCGAGGCAAAGACAUCCCUUACAAUCCUGUCUUUCGGGCCUAUGCCAUGAUUUCGGACAAAGAAGUCAUUCUUUACCUCCCUCCAGAGAAGCAAGAUCAAAUAAUUCGGGAUCAUUUAAGUGCGCCAGGGGUUCACGUUCAAAUUAAAGAUUACGAACUCAUCUUUGUUGAACUGCCCACUUUGGCCCAAGAAUGGUCUUCCAUUCUAUUGGGCAAGAAAUGGGCGUAUUCGGGAGGAGGCAGCUAUGCCAUUUACAGUCUCAUUCCGAGCUCAAAAUUGAGCUUGGACUUGUCGCCGAUUAUGCUAAGAAAAGCUCAGAAAAACGAUGUUGAACGACAAGGCAUGAUCAAUGCGAAUAGAAGAGAUGCUGUCGCAGUAAUUGAAUUUGCUGCUCAUCUGGAAGAAACCAUGGCCCAAGGCGAGGCAUGGGAUGAGCUCAAGGCCUCCGAGGAACUUUUGAAGAGAAGAGAGGCCCUCAAGUUUAGUCAGGGUCCAAGCUUCUCUUCCAUUUCAGCGUAUGGACCCCACGGAGCUAUUAUCCAUUAUAGGCCUGAUAAUGAGUCAAAUGCUCCUAUUGGAACAGACAGUCUAUAUUUACUAGAUUCAGGUGGUCAAUACCUGGACGGAACCACGGACACCACGCGAACGUUCCACUUUGGAUCCCCGACUGCUUAUGAGAAAGAAAUGUACACCCGUGUGUUGCAAGGGGCCAUAGACUUAGCUCGAGCCGUCUUUCCUCACGGAACUCCUGAUACACGGGUCGACAUUUUGGCUCGGCGUCCUUUGCUCGAGGUUGGGUUGAACUACCGCCAUGGAACUGGACAUGGCAUCGGCGCUUUCGGAUUCAUCCAUGAAUCUCCUAUACAGGUGAGAAUGUACGGCAAAGAGGAGCAUGUGUUUGAAGUGGGGCAAUUCUUCUCUGAUGAGCCCGGAUAUUAUGAGGCCCAACAGUUUGGAAUUCGUCUAGAGACAGUACUGAGGGUGGUAGAGCGUCCCAUUUUGAAGUAUAAUGAACUUGACGAUCACGGUCCCAUGCUCGGAUUUGAACCCGUAUGUUUGGUUCCUUUUGAACCCAAACUCAUCAUCUACGACAUGUUAAAUGAGGCUCAAACGUAUUGGUUGAACCGCUAUAACCGGUUGAUCCGAGAAAAAAUCGGGCCUCUACUGGAGGAUAACUCCAAGGCAUACCAUUGGAUGUGGGACCGAACUGAGCUCAUCGGUGUACCAGAAAGUGUGGGGAAUACUGAAUCUCCUGACAACGCCCAAAAUGGCUCCAAGGGUUUUAGGCCGGUAAACGGGAUCCUCGCCAUAGCUUUGGUUGUGAUCUGGUUUCAAGUUUGAGUUUUAGUCUUUCGUUUGAAUGGAAUAAAGACUGGUCAUGUAGAAA